AUAUAAAGCAGUUAUGAGUGACCCAGAUAUGACAAAGUUCCAAGUGGACCAGCGGUCAAAUUUUAUUUCUUUGAUUUUACUGGAUGCACUGGAGGAUGGAAACGAAAGUGAUAUAUAUGCCAUAAUAGCUAAAAAUAAGGUAGAUGCGAGUUAUGUUCCUAUCGAACGCGGUAUAUCACCCCUUCAUUAUGCAUGUGGAAUGGAUAACGCGGCAGUUGCUGUGGACAUUAUAAAAAUAUUCCUUGAAGGCGGUGCUGACGCCAAUGUUCGGUCAAACGAAAAUAUGACACCAUUGCAUGUUGCUGCGAUAUUUGGCCGUGUAGAUAUAGUCGUUUUACUUUUGAAAUAUGGUGCUCGACAUGAUUUACUGGACGAUGAACGAAAAACACCAAUACAUUACGCUAUCGAAGAAUGCCAUUUUGAUGUAUUGGAGGUAAUCAGAGACCAUAUUUUUCAACAUAAAUAUGAACUCGUGCGUAAAAGAUCCACAGAAUAUGUUUCUGAUAAAGACAAUUAUUCAACCAGAGGAGAAUCAAAUAAACAAAAAGAAGAAGAUUCCAAUGUGACACCUGUUAACAGAAUGCUUUCUAAUGUUCGUAAUAAUGACUCAGGAAACCCUGAUGCACCAAACAAUAAGUACACACCGAACCGUGUACACUACAAUUAUGAUGUGACAUCUCCGUAUUAUAUAAAUAUAACUCAUCGUCGACACCGACCACAACCGAUAUUUCCAUCUAUUGGAUCUCCACCAAACUCUAAAAAUAAAUCACGUGACUUCGAAUGUGAGAAGUUAGAAGUGCCAGAUUCAAAUACUAAGGAAGAUCAAGAAAAGGAAUCUACUGACAGGCAAUCUUCUGUUAAUGUAUUUCACCUCACUGAGAAAAAUUUGAAGGAACUUUCUAAGACAUCUAAUUUAGAUCGUUCCUGUAUUUCAAUGAUCGAAGCAUGGCGAAAGAAAGUUGAGUUAUCACGUGCUAAAAGGUCUAUUUUGAGGUGUUACUCAGAUGUAGAUGAAAUGGUAGACGAAGUAAUGAAAAGUGAUCACCUGAAUUUCACUAACACUAUUUUACAAGAAAAUGCGAAAACAGUAUCUGAAGACAACGAAUCUGAAACCAAUCCGAUUAUGAUCUCAAAUCUCUCUUUGGGUGCCAUAAUACAAAAAGCUGCCCAGGCCCAUGUAUUGGAUCAAGAACCAGACCUAGAUAGUAGUUAUCAUACAGUGCCCCCAAUAAUUGAGAACGAACUCAGUGGAAGUAUUAAGAAACAACCUUUGAAAAACUCACCAAAGAAAUAUUUAAAAAAAAAAUCUGACCAAAAUCCAUCAGGGGAUUAUAUACUACAAAUGGCGGAAGCUUACGUUCAUACCGAUGAUGAGAAUGGGCUAGUCUUUUACGAAACUAAACUUCUCAGUAGUCAGAAGAGUGCUACUAAUUGUGAACAACAAAAUUUGGACAGUACUGUAUCGACUAAUGAGACACACAUUUUGGAUUAUGAAACUGAUGAACUGCGUGCUGAACUGGCUCAGUUUGGCGAUCCUCCUGGUCCAAUAACAAAGAGUACAAAACGGCUUUACAUAAAAAGACUUAUAAAAUAUAAAAGAAAUGCUCCGGAUCUCCAACAGAUAAAUACAAAUGGAAAACAAAACGCCACAGAGUGUGCAAAAUUAUCUGUGGAAUUGCAACGGACUAUACGUUCUCCGGAACAUUUUGCCCUAAUACCAGAGUACCACAAGUAUGAAUGUAAGUCGACUGAAUACUUUGCUAAUUUACAAAAUAAACAUAAAAUGAGAGAAGGUCAUCUUAAGCAAAGUUUUAUAUAUAUGCUAAUAGAUCCGCGAAUUUCUUGCAAUUUACCCGGAGAAAGCCUGUAUAUAGAGAGGCAUAAAGCGUGGGUGCGCUUCCUUGAAUCAGUGUUCUAUGUUGGAAAAGGGAAAACUUCUCGUCCGUACUCCCAUUUAUAUGAAGCUAUGAAGUUACAUUCCCGAGUUCAUAGUCACCAGAAGAUUACUAAUUCCAGAACAGAUUUAGUACAGUCCCAGCGGGGGAAAGCUUCAUCUAUAAGGAAACAGACGCUUUGUCUAGAUAUUUUUAAAGCAAAUGUUCAAAAGCCUUUGGAUAACAAGAAGUUGGAACGGAUUCUGGAUAUUUGGAGAUGCGGAAAGGGUGUGGUGUGCCUUCACGUUUUUCACAAUAUAUUGCCUUCAGAAGCUUAUACUCGCGAGGCGGCUAUAAUUGAUGCCUUUGGGAUACAGCAUUUAACAAAUCACAAGCGUGGAGACUACUACGGCCCAGCGCAGACUUGGACCAUGAAGGAGAAAAAAAUGUUUGGAAUAUCUUUAUUAUAUAAAGCAAUGCAAAUUUAUUUAGCAGAAGGUGAAUCACAGCUAUCUCCUAGUGAUCUCAUUUAAAAUAAGAUAUAAAAUGUAUGUUUAUAUAAAGUAAGCCAAUGUGAUAUUUUUGUAUAUACGAAAGAAUAUAAUGACGUUGAUUGUAUAAAUCUUUA